AUGGGAAGCAGGAAGUCGCUGUGCUGUGGGUUUUCAGCUCUGGAAGUGACGCUCGGCGUCAUGUUCGUCGUUAUGACCGGCGUGUGCAUCUCGCUCAUCGUCCUGUACGUUACCAGGGAAAAGCACACAGAGACUCCGCCCCCUCAGCACACACCUUACCUGAUCGGCGUGGGCCGAGCCGACUGCACCGGACCGCCGGCUGAUGUCCCUAUGAUGGGCUAUGCAAACCCUCAGCAGACGGCUGCAGGCAUACACACCCGUUUGUACAGCAGAGCCUUCAUCGUCGAUGACGGCAAGCGCAGGGUGGUGUUCGUCACAGCAGACAUAGGAAUGGUUUCACAGAGGCUCCGACUCGAGGUUCUGCAGGCACUGCAGGUGAAGUACGGGGAUCUAUACCGGCAGGAUAACGUUGUUCUGAGUGGGACUCACACUCACUGUGGACCCGGCGGAUAUUUCCAGUACACGCUGUUCAUGAUCACAGGCGGUUACAUGAAGGCUGCCAUCGAGCCGUUGGUCAAUGGCAUUGUUAAGAGUAUAGACAUAGCCCACAAUAACAUGAGGCCCGGCAGGAUCUACAGGAACAGAGGAGAGCUGGACGACAGCAGCCUGAACAGAAGUCCUCAUUCGUACCUGAACAACCCCGAGGAGGAGAGGCGCAGGUAUAAGUGGAACACCGACAAACAGGUGCUGGUGCUGAAGUUCACCGAUCAGGAUGGAGACGGCAUCGGUAUGAUCAGCUGGUUUGCUGUCCAUGCAGUGAGCAUGAACUACACCAACCGCAUGGUGAGCAGCGACAACAUGGGCUACGCCUCCUACCUGUUGGAGCAGGACAAGAACCCUGGAGGGCUACCUGGACAGGGAAGUUUCGUUGCUGGUUUCUCCUCCAGUAACCUCGGAGACGUCACUCCGAACACCAGAGGACCAUACUGUGUGAACACUGGGCUGCCCUGUGACUACCUGAACAGCUCCUGUCCCAUAGGAGGGACUACAAUGUGUCUGGCGUCCGGACCUGGAGAAGACAUGUUUGAGAGCACUCGGAUCAUCGGACACAACGUCUACCUGAAAGCCAAGGAGCUGUAUGCAAAUGCAGUCGAGGAGGUGACCGGCUUCAUUCAUCAUGCUCAUCAGUGGGUCAACAUGACUGAUGUCACUGUUCAGAUCAAUGAGACACACACGGCGAGCACAUGUAAACCAGCUCUGGGUCACAGCUUUGCAGCAGGAACAACAGAUGGAGGCGGAGGCCUGAACUUCACCCAAGGCGCUGUGGAAGGAGACCCCUUCUGGGAUGGGAUCAGAGACGCUUUGCUUGGCCCACCGUCCAAUCAGACGAAGGAAUGUCAUCAUCCCAAACCAAUCCUGUUCAGCACAGGGGAGAUGAACUGGCCUCUGCCCUGGCAUCCUCAGAUUGUCGACGUUCAGAUGAUCACCAUCGGCUCUGUGGCUGUCGUAGCUGUUCCUGGAGAAAUGACCACCAUGUCAGGGCGGAGGUUACGAGAAGCUAUCAAAGAGGAGCUGGAGUCAGAGGGAACACUAAAGGACAUGGAGGUGGUGAUUGCAGGCCUCAGUAACGUGUACACUCAUUACAUCACCACCUAUGAAGAAUACCAGGUGCAACGGUAUGAAGGCGCUUCAACCAUAUACGGCCCGCACACGCUCAGUGCCUACCUGCAAAAGUAUCGAGGCCUGGCCCGAGCCAUCGCUCAGGACAGAGUCUCAGAGCUGCCAGCCGGCCCUCAGCCUCCCUUCUUCACAGAGAACCUCUUUAAUUUUGUGCCCCUGGCGCUCUUUGACAGAAAACCUGAGAAUAUGAGCUUUGGAGACGUCCUGGAGCAGGUUUACCCCGUUUAUAGACAGGGUGAUGUUGUGACUGUCACAUUUGUAGCAGGGAACCCGAGAAACUCUGGAGAUAUUAGGGAUAAAACUUUUGUCACUGUUGAGAUUUUUGACAACAGAACAGAAACCUGGGAGGUUGUCCACAAUGAUGCAUCAUGGGAGACCAGGUUUCACUGGCUGAAGGGGUCAAACUGGCAGAGUAACGCCACAGUGGAGUGGCAGAUUCCCCCGACAGCCUCGGCGGGCUCCUACAGGAUCAAACACUUUGGCCACUACAAAGAGCUGAAAGGCCUGCAGCCGGUCAUAACGCCGUACGAAGGCUCGUCGGACGUCUUCACGGUCACUGCCAGCUUCUACUACGAGUGA